UCUAAAAUAAACGCCCUGUACGUGUGGGGCGUUUGGAACGAGGAGGUUUUCAAAAUCAGUGUGAAUCAAAUGGCCUACGUCGUGUUUUACACACAGGACGCGUGGCGCAUGCCGGGUCAGUAUAUAGUGGUGAUGCGGAACGGAACGCACUUGAACCAGGUAGAGCGCACCGCGCGCAGACUCCGCGCAAAAGCUGCCAAACGCGGAUAUCUAAUCGAAAUACAGCAGACUUAUUCAGGAGGUUUCCACGGGUUUCUGGUGAAAAUGAGCAGCGAUGUUCUUCACAUGGCAGUAAAGCUGCCCCAUGUGGAAUACAUUGAAGAGGAUUCCUCCAUCUUCGCCCAGAGCAUCCCAUGGAACCUGCAGCGCAUCCUUCAAAACAAACAUGAGACUGGAAAAUACUCACCACCAAAUGACGGAGCAAAAGUGGGAGUGUAUCUUUUGGACACAAGCGUUCAGGUGACUCAUCGCGAGAUUGAGGACAGGGUGAUGGUGACGGACUUCAACAGUGUGCCGGAGGAGGAUGGGGUCAGAGUUCACAGACAGGCUAGUCAGUGUGACAGUCAUGGCACUCACAUAGCAGGUGUGGUCAGUGGACGGGACUCUGGUGUAGCUCGAGGUGCCAGUGUAAACAGCGUCCGAGUGUUAAACUGCCAAGGCAAGGGUACUGUGUCAGGAGCUUUGGCAGGUCUGGAGUAUAUUCAGUCGUCUCUGAUGUCUCAGGCUAUCAGACCUGUGAUCCUACUGCUGCCAUUUGUAGGGGGAUUCAGUCGCACCCUCAACGCUGCCUGCAGGAAAAUGGUGGAAUCUGGCGCAGUGCUUGUUGCUGCAGCUGGUAACUACAACGAUGAUGCUUGUCUGUACUCACCAGCGUCAGAGCCUGAGGUGAUAACAGUAGGGGCCGUUAAUUUUGCUGACCAGCCCUUGAGCACUGGGACGACAGGCACCAACGCGGGCCGCUGCGUGGAUGUGUUCGCACCCGGUGAUGACAUCAUCAGCGCGUCCAGCGAUUGCUCCACCUGUUUCACCACCAAGAGUGGAACGUCACAGGCAGCGGCACAUGUUGCUGGUAUAGCGGCGGUGCUCCUAAAUUUGAAUCCGAACUCUAGUUCUUCUGAGAUUCUGCAACAGCUCCUCCAUCAUUCAGUCAAACAGGCCAUUAACCCAGAGUCUCUGCCACUGAACCACCGUCUCCCUACACCCAACAUGGUGGUCGCCCUGCCUGACCCGACCUCCACACUCACAGGAGAGGAUUUACUCUGUAGAUCCGUUUGGUCUGAGCGGUCAGCUGCUAAAGGUUUGGCCACAGCUACAGCCCGCUGUCGUCACAGUGAAGAGAUGCUGAGCUGCUCCAGUUUCUCACAAAACGGAGCAAGAGCUGGAGAAAGAGUGGAGGAGAGAGAUGGGCAGAAAGAGUGUGUUGCUGUCAAUGGGAAUGGAGGGCAAGGUGUGUUCGCUGUAGCGCGCUGCUGCACAGGCCAUAAAGCUCAGUGCCAGAUGUUAGAGAGUCCCCAGAGAGGCGCGGAUGCAGAAUGUCCUCCAGACCACCAGCUGACAG